AUGGUGAAACUUAAUAACCAAGCUUUUGCUCAGCAGCCAAAUCAGCAAACGAGUUUUAAUCAAACUCCAAGCCAGUUUAGCGAGCAAGCAAGACAACAAAAUCCCCUUAAUAAUCAGACUCCCAAAGGUUUAGAAAUGUUAACUGGGCAAAAGAUACCUCCUACUGGUGUGUUAGCCGAUAUUUUAAGCGGAAUCCAGCAAAUGCAGUUCAGUCUUAACCAAGUUUUAAAUCAACAACAGCAAAUCUGA